AUGGCAGACUCUCUCUUUGAUCCUGAACAUCAUUUAAACUGCCCGAUCUGUCUGAAUCUGCUUAAGAACCCAGUGACUACAUCUUGUGGGCAUAGUUUCUGCAUGGACUGUAUUGAGAGCUGCUGGGACCAGGAGAAUUAUAGAGGCGUUUACAGCUGCCCUACAUGCAGGACAGCAUUCAACCAAAGACCAGCUCUCAGCAGAAGCACUGUACUGGCUGAUAUUUUAGGGGGAAUGAAGCAGAAAGCUCCAGCUGGACCUGGAGACGUGAAGUGUGAUGUUUGCAAGGGAAUAAAAGUAAAAGCCAUCCAGUCUUGUUUGGUUUGUAUGGCUUCUUACUGCCAAACUCAUGUUCGAUCUCAUUAUGAGUCUAAAGCUUUUAAAAUACACAAGCUGGUCAAAGCUUCCCCAAAUCUACAGCAUCAGAUCUGCCCUCACCAUCAUAAAGCACUGGAGAUUUACUGCUACAAUGACCAGAAGUGUAUUUGUGUAGUUUGUAUGGGGAAUCAGCACAGUGGACAUAAAACAGUCUCAGCUGCAACUGAAAUGGCAAAAAAACAGGUACAGUAA